AAAUCAAGCCUGUUCUCUCGACCCCUUUAUAAUAUUUUCGGUCGAAAGGAGCUCCUCUUUUCUUGUUCCCUUCAGCCUUCAGAGCUGAAGGGAAGUUGAAGGAGAGAAGGAGAGGAGGAAUGGAACCCAUGAAGCUCUUUUGGGCGUUCGGGCUUCUUGGGUUCUGUUUGGGGGGGUCACUGGUUCAGGGCUUUGAGAUUAAUGAAGGGCACUGGAACGAGAGUGAUGUGGCCAUUGUCGAGGCUGGAAGCCCCGCAGCCAAGCCCCUGCUUGUGGGCCUGACCCUCAUCCAAUCUGCUGCUCACAAAGGAGCUGUCUGUUUAGAUGGAACGGUGGCAGCUUACCACCUACAUCGUGGGUUUGGCUCAGGUGCAAACAGUUGGCUAAUACAACUGGAGGGAGGAGGUUGGUGCAAUGAUAUCAGAACCUGUGUUUAUCGCAAGAAAACUCGUCGUGGUUCAUUGAAUUACAUGGAGAAAGCUAUUGAGUUCACUGGGAUUUUGAGUAACAAACCCGAGGAAAAUCCUGAUUUUUUCAACUGGAAUAGAGUCAAGGUUCGCUAUUGUGAUGGUGCAUCAUUCAGUGGUGAAGGCUAUAAUGAGGCUGCAGGGCUUUAUUUUCGGGGGCAGCGCAUCUGGUCUGCUGCCAUGGAAGACCUGAUGUCAAAAGGCAUGCGCAAAGCUGACCAGGCUCUUCUUUCUGGAUGUUCUGCUGGUGGUCUAGCUUCAAUACUACACUGUGAUGAGUUCCGAGAGCUAUUUCCAGGAAGCACCAAAGUCAAAUGCCUAGCUGAUGCUGGCCUUUUCCUUGAUGUUCUUGAUGUGGCUGGUGGUCACACCAUGAGGACCUUUUUUGAUGGCGUAGUCAGCUUACAGGGCGUUGGGAAGAAUUUACCUGGAUAUUGUACUUCCCACAUGGAUGCAACUUCGUGCUUCUUUCCUCAAAACUUGGUGGCUAAUAUUCGGACUCCACUUUUUCUUCUAAAUACAGCAUAUGAUGUAUGGCAGCUCCAGGCAAGUUUAGCUCCUGCAAUAUCUGACCCUCAUGGUAGUUGGCGACAGUGCAAGUUAGAUAGCGCAAAGUGCAAUGCUAACCAGAUCAAUUUCCUGCAAGGUUUUCGAAAUGAAAUGCUAAAUGCGUUGAAAAGUUUUUCUACAGCUGCUGAAAAUGGUUUAUUUAUCAAUUCAUGUUUUGCUCACUGCCAAUCAGAGAGGCAGGAUACUUGGUAUGGGAGUGAUUCUCCUGCUAUUGCAAAUAAGGUAUGCCUAUUGCCCAUAUCUAUCUGUUAUCUAUUAUCUAUCUAUUACUAUUAUUUAAGAAAAGCCACACAUUUGAUUCUACCCUUCUAUGUGUCAAGAUAAAAAAAAUCAAUAUAU